AUGGGAGCAUCGAGUCGAGGGACCAUCCUGGCUGCCAUAGACAAUCGAGUCGUAGACGCUAAGUUCAAGCUCCUUGAGAGGAAUCUCGCUAGAGCGGUGGACAGGACGACUAUACAGCGCACAAAGCAGCUGGCUGAUGCGUACUUGGACGA